GCUAGUCCACGUUGUGUUCCUAACCUAUGUUGUGUGUAUUGACAAACAAAAGAUCAAAAUCAUCCCAAAUAUGGAAGAAAUGAUGUUUACUACUCGAGCGUGAUUUAAUUUUUCUUUUAGUGUCAUCAGUGUGAUAUUCUGAAUGUUUAUUAUCAUUUAGUGUUAUUUACAUUCUCUAUCGCAUGACGUGAUUUUAUUGCCAGUCUUAUUUAACUGCCAGUCCAUUUUUCAAUUUAUUGGCAUAAGCUCGUGUCGUAAUUAGAUCGGUAUGUGCAAAAAUGAAUUCGCCAAGUUGCACUCUCAAAGAAAAAUUAUUAACAGCUUUAAAAAAUAAUAAACUGACUGCAGAAUGCGAGAAUAUUGCUUCAGAGUUGAAAAAAGGAGAUAUCAAGCUCUACAAUUUUGUAGAGGGUCUACAACCGCUCCUUACAAACGAAGAUGUCGCACUACGGAAGCAAAGCGUUGAGGCUCUAUCAGCUUUACUAGCUAGUAUCCCAAGGGAUUUUCUCAGUGAAGCAGAACUUAGCUUCAUUGUGGAAUUUUAUUGCGAUCGUUUGAAGGACAACUAUAUUUUUUUAUCUGCGACAUUGAAUGGCAUCUUAACGAUAGUACAAAUGAAAAAUCUUCCAGAAAACGCCCCAGUGCGUUUAUUCACCACAAUGUUUCAGCAUGUUCAGUGUCAAACACUUUUACUUCCAGUUCGACAAGUUAUGUACAGUAUAUUUGAGACAAUGUUAGGAUGCAACUUCUUUAAUCUAAAGUCCCUUGGACAAGAUAUAGUUUAUGGCUUCAUUAAUUCUAUUGAUGGCGAAAGUGAUCCUAGGAAUCUCCUUAUGCUGUUUCGCAUGAUCCCAAACUUCGUCAAAGCAUUUUCAUUGGGGCAUUUAACCGAAGAAAUGUUUGAAGUUAUCGCUUGUUAUUUUCCAGUGCAUUACAAUACGCCUAAGACCGAAGGAUGUGGAAUCACUCGCGAAGAUUUGGCAGAAGCGUUAGCUCCAUGUUUAUGUGCGAUUCCUGAAUUUGCUGAGUUUUGUCUACCACUCUUGGUAGAAAAAAUUGGCUCUAAUUUUAAAGUAGCCAAAUUAGAUUCAUUGAACGUGUUGUCUCAAGGAGCUGUUACCUUCGGAGUAAAAGGUUUGGAGCCACAUUUACGAGAAAUCUGGCAAGCUUUGCAACGAGAGAUUAUGCAGAAUGAUGAUUGCGUAGUGAGAAGCUUCGCUUUAAGGACAACGACAUCAUUAAUGAAAGUUUUGAAGGAAGACAAAGUCGCAUGUUGCAAUUUUGUUGAUGAAAUCAUUGCAAAUGCAAAAUGGACGAUGUGCAACGCACGGACUAGUGUCAUUAAAAAUGCAAAGGAACUUUUGAAAGCUGUAGCGAUGUCGAGUGAAGAAAUGUGUGCACAAGUGAUUCGCGCUGUUUUACCCUUGUGCCUUUUACAGUAUACUUCCAAGAAUAAUUUAGAAGAGAAAUUGUUUUUAAUGGACACUUUCAAUAGCUUCAUUCUUAUUGCAUCUGAGUAUGGACUUUCAAUCAAAAAGUUAGCGUUGACAGAUGUACCAUCAUUCUACUUAGAAGAAUUAAAUACCAAAGUUCCUGAAGUCCAAACCAAAGUGUUACAAGGACUCAUUGCGCAGAGGGAAUAUUUAAACGAAACGCAACGUGUGACGCUCUACGAAAAAGUCUUGAAUGAAAUUGAAACCGGCUGUGACAAUGCGUUAGCAGCUUUUCAUGUUUGUCUGUAUAGCUUUGCUGAAUCUUAUCCCAUUGAGGUCCUAAAAACAAUCAACAGCAGAUUCAACAUAAACGACCAUAAUGUAACAACGGGAACUAUAACUAGAAGAAUUGAAGCCUUGACAAUGGUAGCUAAAAUACCAAAAGUAGGUUGCGAAAUUCUUCCAAAACUCAUUGAUACCGCUACUUCACAAAAUAUUGAAGUAAGUCUCGCAGCACUUUCUUGUCUUCGAAAAUUGCUCACCAUUGAAAUAACUGAUUUCGAUAUACACAGAUUUUUGGAUAAACGUGACACUAUAAAUAGGCUUCUAGCCACCAGUAUUCCACGUUCUGAUCAAUGGACGUAUUUAGUAUCGAAUAUCAGUAGAUUAAUAAUAAGAAAAAUGAACGCUCAGGAACAAAAAGCAGCUCUGGAAGGAUAUAACAGAGUUUUGGAGGGAGUCAUUUCAGAUAGUGAUGUCUGUUUGAUAAACGGAGUUUUAAUAUCUUUGCAUCCAGAUGUUGAAUUAAGAAGCAAUGUACUUGUCAAGAAUUUAUACGAAGUAGCAGUAAAGAGCCAGAUCUCUGUCACUAGAGUCGCCGCUUGCAAGUUAAUCGCAGCUAUAAUUAACAAGAUGAAGGACAAUAAGAAGUGUGAACACAUACUACAGUUUUUGAAAGAAAAUAUCAGUGGCUGUUUAGAAUCAAAUGAGAUAAAAAUUGAGAAUAAGAAGGCACAUUGUGUUUUACUUAGAUGGUUGACAAAGUCUGUUGUUAUGAAAGGAACUGCGAAUUCUCAGGAAUUCCUGGAUUAUCAAAUUAAGGUGUUGAAGAAUCCACAAGUUGGAGAAUUUGUCGCAAAUGAAUUUAGCGCAUUGGUGGAUAAGUGUGAUGAUACACUGACUAAAGAUAACUUUUGCCAAGUUAAAAUAUUGUAUAAGCAGAGAAUAUUUGAAAACAUCAUUAAGGAGAGCAAUAACGCAUCCCUUGAAUACAAGAAAAAUUAUGUGACGUCUUGCAUUCGCAUGGCAGAGGAGGCUCCAGUGGAAUUAGUGUUACUUUACUUAAAGCAGCUAGUUCCCUGCUUUGUCGAAACCUUGGAUGAUGAUCAAAUACUCUCGUCAACUUUAACUGUGUUACAAUCAUCGUUGGAAACAGGAAACGAUGUUUUUGUCUUGCACGCCCAGUACUUAAUUUCCAAAUUCUCAGAUCUCUCUUCACAUAAACAAAUGAAAAUUAGAAUGACAGCAUUAAAGUGUUUGAUAAGCUACGCUCAGUAUCCCUCUGAGGUAAUUUUACCAUUCAAAUUAGACGUUCUCGAAAAAUUGCAUCCUGUUACUGAUGAUAAGAAGCGACUAGUUAGGAAGAUUGCUGUGAAGGCGCGAAUGAAAUGGUUCCUGAUUGAAUUUCCAGCAGAUUUGAAAACUCAAUAACCUAAUAAACGAAUCACUAUUUUUCGUUCAUGUUUUUGGAUAAACGUAUUGAAAAAACAGCAGAGAUUAGGCUGCAAAUGUUUUGUGUGCAUAUUUUAGUUCAUAAAUUUACGCAUUCACAAAUUGUAUUUUAAAAUAUGACUAAAAUUACGCAAAGAUGUUGCAUUAAACUAAUUACGCAAAUAUGUUGCAUUAAAUUAUCUUUUGUUGUCAUAAACUCAUUUUGGUCAAUAAAGUGAGAUGCCAUCCUAUGGUCUUAGGGUUACGAAUUGUAUUAUCCAGCUAUUGAUAGGUAAACAAUUUUAUUCAAGCAAAUAGUAGUACACAUCUAGAAAUUUGCCGUUAAAUUAGGAAUUUUUGUACAAGUCUUUGAUGAAAUACAUAGUGAAAGUUGUAAACCAA